GCAUCACCGUCACGCUUGUCAAAUUUCUUGCUCUAUUCAAAGUGGAAACCUGCUUUAUUUUGUUCGAAAUCGAUUGCAAACUAUGGCCACUAAUACCAACCUUAUCGGAUCGCUUCUGUUUUGCCCCGAGUGCGGCAAUUUACUUGAUAUGCCCGGUGCUGACGACGAUAUUUUACUAUGCAAUCAAUGCAGCCACGCAUUCCAAACAGCAGGUUAUGAACAAACCAAAGUUGUCACGACAUCGUCGCAACAUGCAUUCCAGUCAUCGCUGAAAGCAAAACGUCAUUUAGUUCAGCAGAGCAAGAAUGCCAAGGAGGCAGAAGCUAUGAUCAAAGAAAAGUGCCCUAGCUGUGGUAAUGAUGAAAUGGCAUAUCAUACCAUGCAGUUGCGCUCUGCAGAUGAAGGCCAAACGGUCUUUUACAGCUGCAAGAAAUGCGGUUACAAAUACUCGGUCAACUCCUAAGUCAAUUGCUAUAUUACCCCUUCCAUUACUACACACUGCUUUGUUUUUCUAUUGUAUCCUAACAUAUUUACAACACUCUUUCCCUCGCAUGUCUUUCUUCCUUCUCUCAUCGUUGUUAUUAUAUAUUUUCCAUUCACCAUCUUCUAAAAAUUGUCCAUCCACCUUAUUCACAUCUAUUAAAAAACACGUUCUUGCUACAGCAUAUGACUGGCAGAAUCCUAAUGUAUUAAAACUAUGUGAACCA